AUACAAUCUGCGCUAAGUUUAAAGUGCAGCAAUUGUUGCAUGGGAAAUUGUCCGCUGGUAGUUUCAAUUCCAAUAUUACUUUAUUUUCGGGCUUGUGUUAUUCCUGGUUGAUUUUGUUAUUAAGUGGUGAAAGCCUUGAGUGUAAUUUGCAAACCCAACCCAAAUCUGUAGCCUUUUCUAGUCCCCAACCCUUGCCUUCUUAAAUUAUAACCAAUGCCAUGUUAUGGAAACUCUAUGGGGUAGUAAUUCAUACUUAGAAUUCAAUUGGUAUUGUUUGAUCGAAUCUUCCCAUUGAUGUUUAGAACUGUAAAUGAUCAGUGUUUAUGGGGUAGUGUUAAAAGACGGGAAGCCGAGAAAGAACUACAACAUAGGUUAGACGCUGGCGAAAAGGACCUGAAAAUUGUAAAUUUUCGGGUUGUAAGACUUCGACAGAGAAUGAUGCCGAAGCCACUCUGGGUGAAGCACGAAGGCACCUAAACAGGCUUCGGAUCUGUUACACCAAUGCACAAAGCUUACUUAAUAAGCGAUCGGAACUGGGUGUACAGAUUGACUCUAUAAAGCCAGAUAUAAUCGCAGUAACAGAAACCUGGCUGACACAGGCUAUAGAUAGUAUAGAACUUGAUUUCGAGGGCUUUACGUUAGUAAGGGCCGACAGAACACAAAAGCGCAAAGGAGGGGGAGUAGCUCUAUUCAUUAGGAAUGCUAUCCCGUUUACCAUUAUCGAUAGUGUAUCCCAUGAGAGUGGGACGUGUGAAUUAGUUAGUCUUCGCUUAAAAUGCAAAGGACAAGAGCUGCUGAUUGGUUUGGUCUAUCGCAGUCCAAGCUGUGAGGCAAAUGAGAUCCUGUUAAGCAGUCUCAAUACUUGGUCCCAAAGUGGUCGAUGUCUAAUCCUAGGGGACUUUAAUGCACCAAUGGUAGACUGGGAAAAUCUGCGAACUGAAUCGUCAGAAAAUUCCUUCGAGCAGGAACUAGUUGAUGCGGUUAUCACAUGUGCCCUAGUGCAACAUGUGAAAGAAGCGACUAGGUACGACCCGGACACUGAAUCAUCCUUAUUAGAUCUUAUGCUGACUCACUAUGAGGAUGAUGUUGCGAACCUCCACCAUAUGCCACCCUUAGGUAAAAGUGACCACGCAGUCUUAACUUUCGACUUCCAUAUAACUGCCAGUCAUGAGGACGCGUCAGUCCAGUCCAGACCCAACGUCUGGAAAGCAAACAUACCAGACAUCAUGCACUCAGCAUCGUUAAUAGAUUGGACAAUAGACCCAGAGUCCUCCAUUGAAACGGCCUGGGACACAUUUCGAAAAUCAUACUUAAAAGUUACCACACCUCACAUCCCUUGGACUAUACCAAAGGGGCCGAAAAACUCACCACCAUGGUUCAGUAGGGAGGUCCGUAUCCUUCUCCGUAAGAAAAGGAAAACGUGGGAUAGAUUUAGGUUACUGCGGACUGAUGAGUCAAAAUCUCAGUAUCGAAAGGCUCGGAACACUUGUGCCUCGACCCUCCGUAAGUCUAGAAAAUUGUACGAAGAAAAACUUGUUAAGGAAUCCAUAGAAUCUCCUAAACGCUUGUAUUCCUGUAUAAACCAAAGGACAAGGAGAAAAGGAAAUAUUCCUGCUCUAUGGGGAGACAGUACUGCUUCAUCAUUAGUGGAGGACGACUUUGGUAAGGCUCAAGCGUUCUCGAACUACUUUAGCAACGUGUAUACCAUAGAAGCGCCCUUCUCGCCAGCGUAUACAGAUCCCCCCAUACAUACACUGGAUAGCGUGACCAUUAAAGAACUCGAUGUCUUUGAUCUGCUAAAUAAGCUUGACACAGGUAAAUCCACGGGGCCCGAUGAAUUACAUCCUAGGCUACUGAAGGAAUUAUCUAACUUCGUUGCGAACCCUUUAAGUACAUGCUUUAACCUAUCCGUUACGCAGGGUCGCUUACCGAAAGAUUGGAAAAACGCCAUAGUAAGUCCUGUCUUCAAAACAGGCACGAAACACAAACCUGAGAACUACCGCCCCGUUAGCCUAACUAGUGUGGUUGUUAAAAUAUUAGAAAAGAUUAUUCGGAAGGAGCUGUUUAAGUAUCUCGAUAAAAACCGGAUCCUCUCGGAGAAGCAGCAUGGCUUCAGUAUAGGUUAUUCUUGUCUCACUAACUUAUUAGUGGCUCGUGAAAGCUGGUGUGCUCUUAAGGACCAAAAGCUACCUGUAGACGUCACCUUCAUUGAUUUCAGUAAAGCCUUUGAUAAAGUUCCGCACAACCGGCUGUUAUAUAAGUUAAGACAUGUCGGGAUUGGAGGUAAUUUAUUGAUGUGGAUAAAAGACUUCUUAGUUGGGCGUCAACAAAGAGUAAGGGUGAACUCAAAAUUAUCUAGCUGGGAAACUGUGCUUAGUGGAGUGCCCCAGGGUACAGUUUUGGGGCCAGUGCUAUUCCUCUUGUAUGUAAAUGACCUUCCUUGUCUCCUAUCAUCAUCGGUCUUGCUAUAUGCUGACGAUGUCAAGAUAUGGAGAACGAUACGAUGUAAGAGUGAUAGCUUAGAACUUCAAAAUGACCUGAAGAAGUUAUCUGAAUGGUCUCAAACAUGGCAGUUGCCGAUAAAUACUUCCAAGUGUGUUGUGAUGCAUAUCGGUCAUCAAGGCACAGAUACAUACACGAUGAAUAACACUGAGCUACCUGUUGUCCAGACAUAUAAUGACUUAGGAGUUAUCGUUAGUCAAGACUUAAAGACUACUGCACACUGCCGUGCAAUAGCCGCCAAAGCGUUUAGAACCUUAUGGUCAAUACGUAGGGCUUUUAGUCAUGUCGACACUAAGACGUUUUUGACUUUGUAUACAGUGUUCGUUCGUCCUAAACUUGAGUACUGCAUACAAGCGGCUAGCCCCUGCUUUAAAAAAGACAGAGAGCUCCUGGAAAAGGUUCAGAGAAUGGCGACUAAGCUGGUUCCCGCAAUAGCGAAGCUUCCGUAUGAAUCUCGACUGGCCAAGCUGAACCUUUUCCCGUUGUCAUAUCGCAGAACUAGAGGCGACUUGAUUACAGUCUACAAAUUGCUUAGUGAUAAAUUUGCACCUAACAUGCCCUCAUUUUUCUUGUCUUCCAAAACAGAGAAUUUACGAGGACACUCCAAAAAAGUUCAUAAGCCGAGAACAAAUUACUUGUCAGCUGACUAUCGACUUUCCCAUCGAAUCAUCAACGAGUGGAGUUCACUACCUCAGCACGUGGUUGAGGCUCCAUCCGUCGACUCUUUCAAAAGAAAGUUGGAUCAACUGAGAGACCACCAUUGCCAGGACUAACAUAGGCCAUCGAGCCUCCUGUCCUUCCCAAACUGAAACUGAAACUGAAACUCUUACUCAGAAUACUACCCCGACUCCCUAUAUGAUAACCCCACAUUUUUUCCUUACUACGAAGAAUAAGUUGGCCUAUGAUGGUUAAUUAUUUGAGCCAGAGCUGAUAUUCCACUAUUUCACUAUUCAUUAUUUCAUGGCUAGGCAGCGUUUCUUUAUUUGCUCAAGUCCAAUCAACCAAUAAAGGCGAACAAAGGGGAGACGCGCCAAAACUUCUACUUUUUCGCCUGCCCAGGGGAAAUAAUGCGGAUUUCCCCCUUUUUGUCGCCCUGUCUCUCAAAUGUCGCCGAAUUGUCUACUUUUCGCCUAAAUAUACGCCAACUUGUCUACUUUUGCUACAACUUUUAAAACAACCUAGGUUGUUAGUAUGUUGUUCUUUUUCCACGGUUUCUAUGGAAGCCGGUCUACUCUUCCCCAGUGUGUCUAUGUAUUUACUCCUCACUGAGACAUUUCCUCAGAAUUCACACACGAUGGAGAAAAAGUACAUUUCCCCCAAAUUAACACUUUGCUCUCCAUUAAUUCCCCUCUUUUGGUUGUUUUGGUACCUUGAGCCAUGUUUGAUAACGUCUGAAGCCACUGAGUUGCACUGCCUUGAACUCACUUUUUGAAGUCCCGAAAGAGUGCAACUUAGUGGUCACGAAGUGGCUUAGUAAGACCGAGGGUGAAAAGUCCACUCCCUCUCGAAAUACUCACACGACCACACAUACACACCAACUGCCAGGAAAGUCCUACUCACUGGCCUCUCACAGCAACGUUCCGUCUACGUAAUUGGGAAGAUGAAAAGCCAACUCAGAUUCAAAGCCAAUGUUGUUCGUGGGUACCGGGAUCCUCAGUUACCGAAUAGCGUAUAAACCUAUGCCUGGUCACCGCAUGUCCUGACGUUGCUCUAUUGUCUUUUGGAUUGGACCUUUAGGUCAGAAGGCCGGAGAAUGACUUAUUAGGCAAACCACCUACUUCAGUUUGGGCUUCCGGGUAUUAUCACAGCCUGCUCAC